UCACAUUACAGAAAUGAAACUAAAUGUUUGUCAGAGACCUGCAGUCGAGACAAGUCUCUGUGUUUCUGUCUAAAGAAUUAUUAAACUGAGUUCGUCAGGUCUUUCUCAACAACAACGGACUCAAACACUGUGUGUAGACAUGGCUGCUGCCAGCAAUCUGCAAUCUGAAGAUCAGUUUCUGUGCUCCAUCUGUCUGGAUGUGUUCACUGAUCCAGUCAGCACACCAUGUGGACACAACUUCUGCAAAAACUGCAUCACUGAACACUGGAAUACUAGUUACCGCUACCUGUGUCCACUGUGUAAACAAGCUUUUAGCAUAAGACCUGAUUUGAGGGUCAACACUUUGUUCUCUGAGAUGGUUGUUCAGUCUGCUCAACAGAAAGCCAGCAGCAGCAGCUCAGAGCAAGUGUCCAAACCAGGAGAUGUUCCCUGUGACGUCUGCACUGGAACCAAACUGAAAGCCCUGAAGUCCUGCCUGAUGUGUCUGGCCUCCUACUGUGAGACUCACCUGGAGCCUCAUCUGACAGCUUCACGUCUGAAAAGACAUCAGCUGAUCGACCCUGUGGAGAACCUGGAAGACAGGAUGUGUGCGAAGCACGAUAAACCUCUGGAGCUGUUCUGUAAGACCGACCAGACAUGUGUCUGCAUGCUCUGCCCCGUUUUAGACCACAAGACACAUGAGUUUGUUCCUCUGAAAGAAGAAUCUGAAAGAAAGAAGGCCCGGCUGGGGAAGACAGAGGCUGAAAUUCAACAGAUGAUCCAGAAGAGACGACUGAAGAUUCAGGAGAUCAAGCACUCAGUCGAUCUCAGUGAGGAAGAUGCAGACAGAGAGAUAGCAGAAGGUGUUCGGGUCUUCACCGUUCUGAAGAAGUCUGUUGAGAGAGGCCAGGCCAAUCUCAUUGACACGAUCAAAAAGAAGCAGAAAACAACAGAAAAACAGGCCGAAGCUUUCAUCAAAGAGCUGGAACAGGAAAUCUCUGAGCUGACGAAGACAAGGGCUGAGGUGGGGCAGCUCAAACGCUCUGAGGACCACCUCCAUCUUCUCAAAAGCUUCCCGUCCGUGAAAGUUGCUCCACCCACCAAGGACUGGACAGAGGUCAGCGUCCGUCCACCUUCAUAUGAGGGGAUUGUGGUGAAAGCUGUGAAUCAGCUGGAGGAGACAAUCAGUAAAGAGAAGAAGAAGCUGGCUCAAGCUGAGCUUAAGAGGGUCCAGCAGUAUGCAGUGGAUGUGACACUUGAUCCUGAUACAGCUAAUCCCUUUCUCAUCCUGUCUGAUGAUGGGAAACAAUUGAAUGAUGGUGAUGUGAAGAAGAAUCUCCCAGACAACCCAGAGAGAUUUUCUGAUAGUUCUUGUGUUUUAGGAAAGCAGAGUUUCUCUUCAGGCAGAUUUUACUUUGAGGUUCAAGUUAAAAGAAAGACUGACUGGACUUUAGGAGUGGCCAGAGAGUCGAUCAAAAGGAAAGGAAAUAUCCCACUGAGCCCUGAGGAUGGUAACUGGACUAUAUGGUUGAGAAAUGGAAAUGAGUACAAAGCUAAUGCUUGCCCUAAAGUCGGUCUCUCUCUGAAGUCUCAGCCUCAGAAGGUGGGGGUGUUUGUAGAUUAUGAGGAGGGUCUGGUCUACUUUUAUGACGUAGAUGCUGCAGCUCUUGUCUACUCCUUUACUGACUGCUCCUUCACUGAGAAACUCCGCCCAUACUUCAAUCCCUGUAAUAAUGAUGGUGGUGAAAACUCUGCCCCUCUUAUCAUCUGUCCUGUCAAGUAGAAUGAUGAUAUUUAAAUGAAAAGGUCCACUGUCAUAUAACAGAACAAAUAUACAUGUUCAGUGGCAAUUUACAAUGUGAACCUGUUGUCUUCAGAAUUAAUCUUCAGGGCUGUUUUUCUGAUUCCAUGAAAAGUUGACUUUUUAGAGAUUCAUGGUUCUCACAGGACAGUGACACUACAAACAAUGAUGAAUAUGAUGCAUUGCUGUAGAAUAAACUAGCCAAAAGUAUAUAAAGGAGUUAAAAUGAGCAAAACCUUAAACAACUACAGCAGUAAAAAUGCAGCAUGCACAUUAAUGCAGCAGUCCAGAAACAUCAGAUAUAAUAGUUAAACACCGACAAUAUCAAUCAAUUGUUUAUGUAAUUUUAAUGGUCAGUAUUUUUACUCGUUAUUCAGUCAUCUGGUUAUUGAGUUUUAAUGUCUGAAUAUGCAUUUAUGUUGUUAUUCAUUUAAUCAGUUGUCACUGAAGUAAAAUCCUGUGCAAAAGAAGAAACUUUUUGUUGGGGUGUUUUAUUUUGAAAAUUUGAAAAUUUGAAAAUGUAUUAUCAAAUACUGGUGAGUGCAGCUGGUAAUAUUAACUGUGUUUCAACAACCAGCAUUAACACAAAACUUACAGUUCUAAUAAAAAAGGAGGUUACACUCUUUUCAUUUCAUAAUAUACUGUUCACAUAAAUUGUUCAUAUAUUUUGUAAGAAAAUCUAUCUGCCAAUUAACUAGCAAGAUGUAAAAAGGAUAAUAUUUCCCUCUGUAAUGGAGUAACGCAGCAGUGGAAAUGCCUGAUAAGUGCAGUAGCCUACUGUUAUACAUUAUAAACCUUGGGAAAUGAGAUUGAGGCACAGAUUAAAUAAUUACACACCUCACUGAA